UCGGUUACGUUUCCGAUCAAUUUGUGAAAAAGAAACAAAACCGCUCACGACGAAAAUAACUAAUAAUGGUUGUCGGUGCGUUUCCCAUCGCCAAAUUAUCUGUAUUGUUAAUCAAACAGAUAAGUAAACCUAUAGCAAAUAUUUGUAAGGAAAGGGCCAAAAAUAGUCCUUUCUUUCGUACUUAUGUGUGUAUGCCACCAGCCCAAUUUUACAACUGGUGUGAGGUGAAGGCAAAGAUGUGGAUCUUGAAUUUGGGUAGACCUGUAAACAUUCCGGUACUGAGCCAGGAGAUGGCCAUUGAACUGGGAGCCAAUCUGCUUGGUGAAAGUGUUAUUUUUAUUAUUGGUGCUGGAUUGCUUAUUAUUGAAUAUAACAGGCAAAGUAAAAAAGAAGCAGCAAAAGAAAUGAAGAGAAUGGACGAACUAAAUUACAUGACAAGUACUAUAACUGACCUAUACUUCACUGUGCAACAACAACAGACACAGCUGAGAGAGAUUGAGAGAAUAAUUAUUUCUAUGGGUGGCCCAGCACCAACAACUCCACAUCCAGAGAUUAAGCCCCCAACAGAGCAACCCCCACCUAUCACACCACCUCCAACAACAACAGAAGUGCCCCCAACUCCUCCCCCACUCCAACCAAAAGUGGCUUCAACUAAUUAUGUUAAAACGCCUACCCCUUAUCCAAAUAAGGGAAUAAUUCUCCAAUCUCUUAAUUAUAUACAAAUGGAUGUAUUUAGUUCCAUGUUUGCUAACAACAAUGUAAAAAAUGCUCCAGUAGAAGGCAAACCAGUGGCCAGUUACAAACGUGAAAAAGCUCUCCUCUCAGAAGCACUUUGCAGCUUAGAAAACAAUUUUAGAAGUUUAUUUUGAAGUAUUAAAUCAUGUUCAUAAGUAUUUAAUAUGGGAUUGUUUCAAGGUAGUGCUUGUGGUAUUAGAUGUUGGGUUGCAGUAUAAGAAUUUUGAAAAAUGUUUAUUUUCGAUAUUUUAUUUUUUCAAUAACACUAACUGCCAGGGAGUUUGUCCUUAACACAUUUUGUGAUGUUAUUUUAUUCUUAUUUUGUGUAAAAAUAAUAAUAAGCACAGUAUAUAAAACAUCCUCAUGUUUUAAAGUGUAAAAGCAUGAUGGUAAUUUUUUUUAAACAUUUAAUUCAAGCAUUUGUAAAUUGACUAUUCAUGAUUUUUACCAAUUUGGUAAAAUAAAAAUGUAACCAGUCGAAAAGUUCUUAACCUAGUCUAUUUAGCUGAAUGAAGAAGUGUACUUUCAC